AUGGCCGGGCCAGGGUUUCGGGGCCACCCCGCCGGACCUCUCCCGCUCCUGCUGCUGUUCCUGCCCCAGGCCCUGCCGGAAGGACCCUUGGUGUUUGUGGCUGUGGUAUUCCGCCAUGGAGACAGGGCCCCACUGGCCUCCUACCCCACAGACCCGCACAAGGAGGCCAUCUCCACCCUGUGGCCACGUGGCCUGGGCCAGCUGACCUCGGAGGGGGUACUCCAGCAGCUGGAGCUGGGCCGCUUCCUGAGGAGUCGCUACGAACACUUUCUGAGCCCCAAGUACCGGCGGGAGGAGGUGUAUGUUCGCAGCACAGACUUCGACCGCACGCUGGAGAGUGCUCAGGCCAACCUCGCGGGGCUGUUCCCCGAGGCCGCCCCAGGGCGCCCAGAGGCUGCCUGGAAGCCCAUCCCAGUGCACACAGUGCCCGUCGCUGAGGACAAGCUGCUGAGGUUCCCCAUGCGCAGUUGUCCCCGAUACCAUGAGCUGCUGCGCGAGGCCACGGAGGCUGCUGAGUACCAGACAGCCCUGGAGGGCUGGACGGACUUCCUAACUCACCUGGAGAACUUCACGGGGCUGUCACUGGUCGGGGAGCCGCUGCGCAGGGCGUGGAAAGUUCUGGACACACUGAUGUGCCAGCGAGCUCACGGCCUUCCCCUCCCGUCCUGGGCCUCCCCGGAUGUCCUGCGGACACUAGCCCAGAUUUCGGCUUUGGAUAUUGGGGCCCACGUGGGCCCGCCCCGGGCAGCAGAGAAGGCCCAGCUGACGGGGGGGAUCCUGCUAGACGCCAUCCUUGCCAACUUCUCCCGGGCCCAGCGCCUGGGGCUGCCCCUCAAGAUGGUCAUGUACUCGGCCCACGACAGCACUCUGCUGGCGCUCCAGGGGGCCCUGGGCCUCUACGACGGGCACACCCCGCCCUACGCUGCCUGCCUCGGCUUCGAGUUCCGGAAGCGCCUGGGGGACCCAGAGGAAGACGGAGGGAAUGUCACCAUCUCCCUCUUCUACCGCAAUAACUCUGCCGGCCGGCCCCUGAGCCUCAGCCUCCCCGGGUGCCCAGGCCCCUGCCCACUGGGCCGCUUCCACCAGCUGACCGCCCAGGCCCGGCCUCCGGUUCACGGGGUCCCCUGCCACGGCUCCCAUGAACCUCCCACCCUGGCAGCCCCCGUGGUGCCCCUGCUGGCCGGGGUGGUGGCCGUGCUGGCCGCACUCAGUGUGGGGCUGGGCCUGCUGGCCUGGAGACCCAGCUGCCUGCGUGCCUGGGAGGACCCCGUGUGAACCAGGAAACCAUGCUCCCCUCCUCCACAGCCAACCCCGGAUCCCAACAUGUUUGCUCACCUGCCGUGCCCGCUUCUGUGACUUACUGCGUGCGUGGGGAACGCGGGAGGGUGCCCGGUCCGGCAGCCCCAGGCGU